AUGAACAAGUCAUGUACGAAUUAUUCAAGACAUACUGACAACGAAAAAUCAGAAAACGAAAGUUUUAAUGAAGAACAAAUUAACUCUGAUCUUCAAUCUCAAGAACCAAUAGGGUGUAUGACUGAUAAUCCUGCAUGUUCUGCCAUAUUUUCAUUGCGUGAAACAAAAGGUCCAUUAGAUCCGCCAGAAGUUUACCUAGAAAAAUUCAAAAAUCGAAAAGAUCAUAAACUGUAUAAGUAUUUUCUUUGGAUGACACAAAGUAUAUACGCAGAUUCAAUCGAGUAUGAGUUCUUAGAUUUAUGCGAAUAUUUAAUUUUACCAAUAAUUUCAAACAUCUUCGAAUUUGACAAGAAAUACGAUGCAUUGGAAUUCAUCAGAUCAUUAUCUGAUGUGGAACGUGAUGAUACGGCUUUAUAUUGCUUACCUCGGGGAAAAAUUUCCGAGGUUAACAGAGUUUUUCUUGGAUCGAGAAGAAUUUUUUUCAAUGUGUUUGUUGAACAAUACUUGAAAAGAUCUCAGAUUUUUCCAUAUCUAAUCGAAACAGAUGAUUUUGGUAUGGAAUUAUCUGGUGCAAAAUUUGAGAUAAAAACAUCAGGAGCUCAAUUCGGAGGUAAAAUCACUGACACAAUAAACAACAAAGUAUAUUAUGUUAAAGUUCAUCAAAACUAUCCUCUAAAAAACAUGAAAGAUGGACUUUUUGUUACAGAAUAUCAACAAGAAUUGGAUGAGGGCAAUCAAUCUAACUUUUUAAAUCAUAUGUAUGACAGAACGCAAGCCAGAACUGUCGAUCUUAAAGAACCAUUUAUGUACAAAGUUCUUGAGUCUCUCAAGUUAGGUGCGAAAGUUGAUUUUAUUAUCAAUCCAUUUAUCAACUUUGGAUUCUACAUAGUUUCAGAAAGCUUGAGUAACGAUAAGCAAACUUUUAUUGAUAUUAAGUCUUUUAGAGAAAGUGAAAAAACAUUUUGCAUUCAAUAUUAUAUUAAUGACUUUAGGAUUGAUAUAGUAAAUUCAAGAACGUCUUUUGGAGAACUUAAACAACAUUUCAAGAGAAAAACUAUUGUUGAUCUAACAGUCAUUGAUAUAAUCUUUAAGAUAUUCUCAUUAAGAGAUGCACAUUGUUGUAAUCUUGGAUUCAUUGAUAAACACGAUUCUCCUACAGUAGGAAAUGAAUACUAUCAAGCAAAAAAAUGGCUGGAACGUGGUCAAGAUUUCAGAAUAAUUGAUUUCCUUCCAUCCAAAAAAAGAAAAUGUGGUUAUAUUAUUCCACAAAUAGUUGAUAACUACUUAAUUGGUGAUUCGGAAAUAUAUGAUAAAGACCUUCCAUUAAUGAGGAAUAUAGUUAGUAGAUUAAGUGCUGAAGAAAAGGAAUUAAUGCAAUUUAGUAAUAGAUCAUUGGUAAUCAAACCUCGGAAUGACAACAUUAAGAGAGAAAAGUUCUUCAUGGGAUUUAGUGCUUUGAACCAAAUUCAAAAGUUAGUUGAUGAAUCUCUAUCUUCAGAAGAAAUAACAAAGCAUGAUUCUAACAAGAAUACUGAAGACAUUGAAAGAUUCAGAUUGUUCUUAGAAAAGAAAGCGAGAGAUAUCAAAUCAUUGAUGAUGCAGAAGAGGAAUGAUUUUCAAUUCUUGAGGAACAGAACGAAUGCAUCACUUCUUGGAUUCAAGUCUCGAUGUGGAAUUAAGAGGGAACAUGAUGAAAAGCCAGAUUUUAAUUACAUCGAAGAUGCAUUCGAAGACUUAGACUAUUAUGUCAACGGAGUUUAUCAGAACUACAAGAAUCUUAAGAAGUUCAUCACAGAUGGAUACUUCGAGUUCUUCGAUGAAGAUGGGAACUUCAAACCAUACUAA